AGAAACCUGUGUAUCUCACGUUCUUCUGCACCUCUACUCCAUAGAUAUAUAACAUCGAAUUGAAGUUUAAGCUAUGAAAUUAGCUUCGAUCAUUCAAAAUGGGAUGCAUCCAUCAAUUAAAUUUGAUGUGGGAUUGCUUAAUUUUGCUUCAAGUUCUACUUCUACGCAGUUCCCCAAAUGGGUGCAUCUUCAAUUCACUCAUUCCCCCAAUCUUUCAUUCGAUUCAGCUGUUUGUCGAAAUCGUUGGCCGCGGAAGUUAUCGAUUGUACGCUCAAAAGGAGUUGAACAAGAAGAAUUUAGUUCUUCAGAGAGGGAGACAUCCUCUUCCAAUUCAUACAUUGAUAAUGCCGAAUCCAAAAGCCAUCUCAUUAUUGAUAAUGAUUCAGAAGAGAAGACCAAAGACCUUAUAACUUACAAGACAUCUGCUAGAACCGUGGCCUUGUGCGUGCUCUCAGCUGUGGCAUUUGGUGUUGGUUUGGGAUUGAAAGAUGGAAUUGGCAAGGCGUCGGAGUUCUUUGCUGGGUACUUGCUUGAACAGAGCUUGUCUGUGGAUAAUCUUUUCGUUUUUGUUCUGGUAUUCAAAUACUUCAAGGUGCCGCUUGCUUAUCAGAAUCGGGUGCUUUCAUUCGGCAUUGCUGGUGCAAUAGUCUUCCGCUUGUCAUUGAUACUUCUUGGAACCGCAACCCUUCAGAGGUUUGAGGCGGUCAACUUGCUACUGGCAUCGAUACUCCUCUACUCAUCCUUUAAGUUGUUUUCUGCUGGUGACGAUGAUGAGGAGGAUCUAUCAGACAAUUUUAUUGUGAAGACAUGCCAAAAGAUUAUCCCAGUAACAUCUGCAUAUGAUGGCAAUAGAUUUUUUACAGUUGAAAAUGGAGCUUGGAAAGCUACACCGUUGCUUCUCACUGUAGCAGUCAUUGAACUCAGUGAUAUCGCAUUUGCUGUCGACUCUAUUCCAGCCGUUUUUGGGGUGACAAGAGACCCGUUUGUUGUUUUCUCAUCAAAUCUCUUUGCCAUCUUAGGUUUAAGGUCUCUAUAUACAUUGAUAUCAGAAGGCAUGGCAGAUUUGGAGUACCUACAACCCUCCAUUGGCAUCGUUCUCGGCUUCAUUGGAUGCAAAAUGAUCCUAGAUUUCUUCGGGUACCAUGUAUCGACUGAAGUUUCUCUCGGUUGCGUGGCAACUACUCUUAGCGCUGGGGUUCUGCUGAGUUUAUUGAAGAAAUCAGAUUAGGAUUUGGUCGUUAUGCACUUGAGGGAACCCAAAAUCGGUUUUUCUCUUCAUUCUUGAAAGAAAACAAAAAAAAUGGCAAUCGAUCGAUCAGAACAGAAUUUAAGAUCCUGCACAUUGUAUCUCUUCAUUUCAGUCAAAAAAAUGUGAUUUCUUGAAUCAUGUAAUAGAUACAAUUUGCCAAAGAUUUUUCUUUCUUUAUAUUA